AUGAACACACCAACAGAACAAUUUCCAAAGAAUGAUAACAUUCCUGAAUCUUCGCCUUGUCAUGAAGCCACGGUAAGUACUACAAAUAAGCCAGAUGACAGCGACUUGUUGAACCAUUCUGCAUUUCGAAGGGAUAGUGGUUCACGUUUGGCCACAAAAAAGGUUAAGAUCGCUGACCCUAAACAGAAUGUUGAGGGCGAUUCUGAUGAAGAAUAUUCAAUAUCACUACCUAAUACGUGUAAUAUUCCCGAGCUCGGUGAAUCAGUCUCUGCUGUUAAUUGUGGUCAAGCAAAUGACCAACAGGCAGCUUCUGCAGCUUCCAUCGAUCGCAAAAAGACGAAGGAGAAACAGAAAAAAGAACGUGAGAAAAAGAAAGAGGAGGAGACGUUAAAAAAGUAUCAGGUAGAGCAGGAAGCUAAACAAAAAAUAUCAGCGUAG